CUUUUUUAUUUUUUUGUGUCUCCCCCAUGUGUCCCAAUAUUUUCUUCAUCCCAUCUAGUCACCUUACGUUGGUUAUCAGACCUGAUAGAGCUGACACUGGAGCCACCAUUCCAGCUUCUUUGAAGACCGCACAUCCCCUCACAAAGGUCCUCUUCUUCAUCCAGACCUAAAACAGAUUCAACUAACAGCCUGGUCAUUGAGAGAAAACACUAGAAGGUUUCAGUCUAUCCUCCAUGUCAUUAAGACAUUGCUUUUCUGUAGGUUGAAUCUACACAGAGCAUGAUCAGGAUUUUGGGCCUUUCGGCUACAUUACCCAAUUACCUUGAUGUUGCCACAUUUCUACAUGUUAAUCCCUACAUUGGACUAUUCUAUUUCGAUGGCCGUUUUCGACCUGUACCACUUGGGCAGACGUUUAUAGGAAUUAAGACAACAAAUAAGGUGCAGCAGAUGAAUAAUAUGGAUGAAGUAUGUUAUGAAAAUGUUUUGAAGCAAAUAACAGCUGGACACCAGGUGAUGGUGUUUGUUCAUGCUAGAAAUUCCACUGUACGAACUGCCAUGGCUCUUCGAGAGAAAGCAAAAAACAAUGGUCAUAUUUGCUACUUUUUGCCAACCCAAGGACCUGAUUAUGGACAAGCUGAAAAGCAAGUACAAAAGUCCAGAAACAAGCAGUUACGUGAAUUGUUUCCAGAUGGAUUUAGUAUUCAUCAUGCAGGAAUGCUGCGGCAAGACAGAAGUUUGGUUGAGAACUUGUUUUCUCAUGGACAUAUCAAAGUACUGGUUUGUACAGCCACGUUAGCCUGGGGUGUCAAUCUUCCUGCUCAUGCUGUUAUUAUUAAGGGAACACAAAUAUAUGCUGCAAAAAGAGGCUCCUUUGUUGACCUUGGAAUUUUAGAUGUCAUGCAGAUAUUUGGUCGAGCUGGACGGCCUCAGUUUGACAAAUUUGGAGAAGGCAUCAUUAUUACAACACAUGAUAAACUCAGCCAUUACCUGACUCUGCUUACUCAGCAGAACCCAAUUGAGAGCCAGUUUCUUGAAAGCCUUGCUGACAACUUAAAUGCAGAGGUUGCUCUUGGAACAGUAACUAAUGUGGAGGAAGCGGUAAAGUGGAUAAGUUACACUUAUCUUUAUGUACGGAUGAGAGCAAAUCCAUUAGUAUAUGGCAUCAGUCACAAGGCUUAUCAGAUGGAUCCAGGGUUAGAGAAGCACAGAGAACAACUGGUGAUUGAAGUUGGCAGAAAGCUAGACAAAGCCCGCAUGAUUCGUUUUGAAGAAAGAACUGGAUUUUUUUCUUCAACAGAUUUAGGCAGAAUUGCCAGCCACUAUUAUAUUAAGUAUAAUACUAUUGAGACUUUCAAUGAACAUUUUGAUGCUCACAAAACAGAAGGUGAUAUUCUUGCUAUAGUAUCUAAGGCAGAAGAAUUUGAACAGAUCAAGGUAAGAGAAGAAGAAAUAGAGGAACUGGAUGUCUUACUGAACAAUUUCUGUGAACUUUCUGCUCCUGGAGGUGUGGAGAACAGUUAUGGGAAGAUAAAUAUCCUCCUUCAAACAUAUAUUAGCCGAGGAGAGAUUGAUAGUUUCUCCCUUAUUUCAGACUCUGCAUAUGUUGCACAGAAUGCAGCUCGUAUUGUUCGAGCCCUUUUUGAGGUUGCGCUUAGGAAACGAUGGCCUGCAAUGACGUACCGGCUACUGAACCUCAGCAAAGUCAUUGACAAGCGGCUGUGGGGCUGGGCCAACCCUUUGCGACAGUUCUCGGUGCUGCCACCAUCGGUCCUCACAAAGCUGGAGGAGAAGAAUCUCUCUGUAGAUAAGAUGAAGGACAUGAGGAAAGAUGAAAUAGGUCACAUGCUGCGUCAUGUGCAUAUUGGGUUAAAGGUCAAACAGUGUGUCCAUCAAAUUCCCUCCAUUACAAUGGAAGCAGCUAUUCAGCCAAUUACACGUACUGUACUCCGUGUUAGGCUGAACAUCACUCCUGACUUCAAGUGGAACGAUCAGGUGCAUGGCACAGUUGGAGAGCCCUGGUGGAUCUGGGUGGAAGACCCCACUAAUGAUCACAUUUAUCAUUCAGAGUAUUUCGUCAUUCAAAAAAAGCAGGUCAUUGCUAAAGAAGCUCAGCAGCUGGUGUUCACAAUCCCUAUUUUUGAACCUUUGCCUUCCCAAUAUUACAUUCGAGCUGUAUCUGAUAGAUGGUUAGGAGCAGAGGCUGUUUGUAUCAUAAAUUUUCAGCAUCUGAUUCUACCAGAGAGACAUCCACCUCACACAGAACUACUGGAUCUUCAGCCUUUGCCUAUCACAGCUUUGGGAUAUCGAGAGUAUGAAGCCCUCUACAAAUUCACCCAUUUCAACCCUAUCCAGACGCAGAUAUUUCAUACGCUCUACCAUACAGACUGUAAUGUUCUUCUUGGAGCCCCCACAGGCUCUGGAAAGACUGUCGCAGCUGAGUUAGCCAUCUUCAGAAUUUUCAACAAGUAUCCCACGUCUAAGGCAGUAUACAUUGCUCCCUUAAAAGCACUGGUACGAGAGAGAAUUGAAGAUUGGAAAGUCAGGAUUGAAGAAAAACUUGGUAAAAAGAUAGUAGAAUUGACUGGGGAUGUGACUCCUGAUAUGAGAGCUAUUGCCCAAGCUGACCUUAUUGUAACUACACCGGAGAAGUGGGAUGGGGUCAGCAGAAGUUGGCAAAACAGGAGCUAUGUUCAGAAAGUUGCCAUUCUCAUCAUAGAUGAGAUCCAUCUGCUAGGGGAUGAGAGAGGCCCAGUAUUGGAAGUUAUUGUGUCUCGAACUAACUUCAUCUCAUCUCACACAGAAAAGCCUGUAAGAGUAGUUGGUUUGUCCACAGCAUUAGCGAAUGCAAGAGACCUUGCUGACUGGCUAAAUAUUAAUCAGAUGGGUCUGUUCAACUUCCGACCAUCUGUACGUCCAGUUCCAUUGGAAGUACACAUUCAGGGCUUCCCUGGCCAGCAUUACUGUCCUCGCAUGGCUAGUAUGAAUAAACCUGCAUUUCAAGCUAUUAGGAGCCAUUCUCCAGCCAAGCCUGUUCUUGUGUUUGUUUCAUCCAGACGUCAGACUAGACUCACUGCCCUAGAGUUGAUUGCUUUCCUGGCUACUGAGGAUGAUCCAAAGCAAUGGCUGAAAAUGGAUGAAAGAGAGAUGAACGAUGUUAUAGUAACAGUAAGAGAUUCUAAUCUGAAGCUGACUCUUGCAUUUGGAAUAGGCAUGCACCAUGCUGGGUUACAUGAAAGAGACAGAAAAACUGUGGAAGAACUAUUUGUGAAUUGCAAAAUCCAGGUUCUUAUUGCCACAAGCACAUUAGCCUGGGGUGUAAAUUUUCCAGCUCAUUUAGUAAUUGUUAAGGGAACAGAAUUUUACGAUGGAAAAACAAGACGUUAUGUGGAUUAUCCCAUUACAGAUGUACUUCAGAUGAUGGGACGCGCUGGUAGACCACAGUUUGAUGACCAAGGCAAAGCUGUGAUUUUAGUCCAUGAUAUUAAGAAAGACUUCUACAAAAAGUUUCUUUAUGAGCCUUUUCCAGUAGAAUCAAGUUUGUUGGAAGUGCUCUCUGAUCAUUUGAAUGCUGAAAUUGCUGCUGGAACUAUUACUUCCAAGCAGGAUGCUAUGGAUUACAUCACCUGGACUUACUUCUUCCGUCGUCUUAUCAUGAACCCUAGUUACUAUAAUUUAGAUGAUGUGAGCCAUGACACCAUGAACAAGUUCCUUUCAAACCUUGUUGAGAGAUCCCUCAUUGACCUGGAAUGUUCCUGCUGUAUUGAAAUUGGAGAGGAUAAUCGUAGCAUUGAACCUCUGACAUAUGGCCGCAUUGCUUCUUACUACUACUUGAAGCAUCAAACUGUUAGGAUGUUCAAGGACCGGUUGAAACCUGAAUGCAGUGUUGAAGAAUUGCUCUCCGUUCUGUCAGAUGCUGAAGAGUAUGCAGAUCUUCCAGUGAGACACAAUGAAGAUCAAAUGAACAGUGAACUGGCAAAACAUCUCCCCAUUGAAGUCAAUCCUCAUUCAUUUGACAGUUCCCACACAAAAACACAUCUUCUGCUGCAAGCCCAUUUUAGUCGUGCCAUGCUGCCUUGCCCAGACUAUGCUACUGAUACCAAGACAGUGUUGGACCAAUCUGUAAGAAUAUGUCAGGCAAUGCUGGAUGUUGCAGCAAACCAGGGUUGGUUAGUGACUGCUCUGAAUAUAACCAGCCUGGUGCAGAUGGUUAUCCAAGGCCGAUGGAAACAUGACUCUUCCCUGCUUACUUUGCCCAAUAUAGAACAACACCAUCUUCACCUUUUUAGGAAAUGGAACCAAGAAAAAAGGAAGGGCUUGUGUGGAGUUUACCGUGGAGGUUACCAAGGACCUAUUGAGUGUCUUCCUGAAUUGAUCGCUGUCUCUGAAGGAAAAGAAAACAUUUUUGCUUCCAUUGUAGACCAUGACUUGCAAGCUGUACACAUUACACAGGCUUGGAAUUUCUUGUCCCAUUUGCCAAUUAUAGAUGUUAGUUUGAGCAUCAAAGGAUGUUGGGAUGAGUCAUCUCAGGAGCAGAAUGAACUGCCUAUCCCUACUUUGGCAACAGAUAUGCGGGAUGACAAAAAGUGGAUCAAGUUACAUGCUGAUCAAGAAUAUGUCCUCCAGAUAAAUUUGCAGAGAGUCCAGAUGAGGCAUCACAAGGGAAGGCAAGACAGUAAAGCAGUUGCUCCUCGAUUCCCCAAAGCCAAAGAUGAAGGGUGGUUUUUAAUAUUGGGGGAAGUGGAUAAAAAAGAACUCAUUGCCCUGAAAAGAGUUGGAUAUGUCAGAUAUCGAAAUGCUGUCUCGGUUGCUUUUUAUACUCCGGAAACACCUGGAAAGUAUAUCUACACAUUGUAUCUCAUGAGUGACAGUUAUCUUGGCAUGGACCAACAGUAUGACAUUUAUCUGAAUAUCAAACGACCCAGCAUCUCAGCACAGAUCAGCACUGAGGUCUCUGAAGCUGAGAGUCACUUGGCUCUGAAGUAAUGUUACCUGAACAAUCUGUUUGAAGGAAGUGGUCUUGAAACCUGGAUGUUCAGUCAUUCUGGACAAGAGAGAAAUUAUGUUUGCCUUAGUCAAAUCAACUUCUAACCUCAAGACACCUAGGAAAUUGAAAGUGACUGCUGUAUUGACUCUAGUAACACAGAGUUAGCCACAGUGGCCUUAGCCUUUUACAAAGUUUUGCCUUUUAUUGUUUCAUCUUUGUACGAUUCUUAAAAUGUAAAAUGGUUCUGUUGUAUUAUUAAUGUAAAUGCCAUAACUGUAUGUUGGCAGAUCAAAAUAAGAAAAUAGCUAUUUUAAUUUCUAUACAUUUAGUGCUAUAGUCUUCAUUUGAAAAUGAUUAAUGUGUAGCCACUCUGUUGGUAUUGUUUAAAUGGUCUUUUUUUCUUAAUUUAUGAGGAGAAUUCAAAACUUGAGCUAAGAACUGAGAGAAAACAUUGCUGAUAUAUGGUAGUGUAUAAAAGGACAUAUCUGUAAGAAAUUUGUUCCACUAGACUUUUCAAUGUAAGAUGUAUAGGAUGUUUCAGGGGUCGGCAACCUUCAGCAUGCUCCCCAUCAAGGUAAUCCAUUGGCAGGCAGCAAGAUAAUUUGUUUAUGUUGACCAUCCGCAGGCACGGACCCUCAC